AUGGGUCAAAUGCCAGCAAAGCCCAUGCCUGGGGUCCAGUUUCAGGUCAUUGGCGCGGGAAUGUCCCGAACCGGCACCAAGACCCUGAACCAGGCGCUCACCAUCCUUCUCAAUGGCCCGGUGCACGAUUCCGGGGUCCACUCCACCGGCGGAACCUUUCAGCAGAUUCGCCAAUGGGGCGAACUGAUGGUGUUGACGGCCAAGAAGGACAAGACCUUCGCCGACAGGAAGCACAUCCAGUACCUCGUUGCCGCCCUCCUCGACGGCUACGUCGCCACCAUGGAUCUACCCGCGGCCGCGCUCACCCCCGAGCUCAUGGACACCUACCCCGACGCCAUCGUCAUCGCGACCACGCGCUCUCCCGAAUCCUGGUGGCGCUCCAUGCAGGACAUGAUGACCAUGACGAGCAACUACCACCUGCCCUUCGUCCUCAUGUGGCAGCUCGCCCUCUACCGCUACAACCUCGACAUGUUCAACCCCGGCUCGCUCGAGCUCCACGAGAACCACCUGAGGGAGGUCGUGCCCAAGGACAAGCUGCACUGGUACGAGGUCAAGGACGGCUGGGAGCCGCUGUGCAAGAUCCUGAACCUGCCCGUGCCGGACGUGCCGUUCCCGCACAACAACUCGAGGGAUGACGCGAGGCAGACGUAUAACCAGCUCUUGUUCGUGGGCUUCCUAGGAUGGUGUGCUUUCUUCGGGGUCUCGUAUGUUCUUUACCAGUACUUUUGGGCUUGA